AUCACAUCAAAGUUCGUAAUCUACGGCCCGAUAGUCAUUCACCGAUUCACUCGAAGUGGAAACUUAGUGAUAAAUAAAAUAUUCUAUUCGCUUGUAUACACCGAGCUACAGAGCUCACCAGUUCGUACGUACAAUAAAUCAUCCAAUUAAAUAUUAUACGAUACGAACGACGAAUUAUUCUUUAGCACUUGUCAAAUGCUAAUUCUUCGACUACCCGCAACAUAAAAUCAAGCAAGUUUUCUGACGUUUAUGACGUAAGAUCACCAGUCAUUAACUGUAUCAAAUACAUUGUUUUAUGUAAUUGUAAUACAGUAUGUUAAUUUUAAUUCGAUAGUGCAACAGUGUUGUGUUCUGCAAGUUAUCUAAAGCGAAAGAAAGAAAUGAGUUUCCGAAGAGCCAAAAGCGAGACCACUUCUCAAAAUGGCAACGUCGCACAAGAAGAAAAACAGAAGUAUCCCGAAUUCGCCUUCCGAGAGUCCCCUUUGACGGUUCUUUUAGAACACUCCCUGCACAUCAGAGCUAUAUACCACAUCUUCGUGGUCAUCCUACUGGUGCUACUAUGUGACACCGUCAUAUACGACCUUAUAGAACGAGGAAAAAUAAACAUCGGUAUAACAUCAGUGUUACACGGCUUCGGUAACAUCAGACGCGGCGCCAGGCUCUGGUUCUUUGAGCUGGCGGUGGCACUCGCCUUCUACCCAGCUCUGAGGGUAUACGCCUUGGUGCGGAAUGUUAUAAAAGGACAUAAAGGUUUAUGUAAAAUAUGGGCUGCGUUUGGAAUAUUCUGCGUGAUUGUACUAGAGCUAAUACUGGUGGCAGUGCCUGUGAGGGAUUUGGCCAACACGUACUUGGCGCUUGCUUCGGCAGUUUCCGUUACCUGUGAAAUGUUUCGAUUUGCGAUGAAGAUCUGUGCGGCGGCCGCUGCAUGCGCGCCCCGCUGUCACGACAGCAACGCGCGCCUGCCCACCGUCUCUCAAUACGUUUACUUCUUGUUCGCACCAACGCUCAUCUACAGAGACGAAUACCCGAGAACAAAGAAGAUACGAUGGGGCGUUGUGGUGUUCCACUUCUUGGAAGUGACGGCUAUUAUAUUUUACAACAGCUUCCUGUGGGAACGUUUUAUUUUACCAUACUGGUCUGAUUACGGCAAAGAAGCUCAGGUGGAAGCUGGCACUGUAGUGAGGGGAAUGUUCGCGUGCGUGCUGCCCGGAGUGAUCUCCUUCCUGUGCGGGUUCUAUUGCCUCCUGCACGCGUGGCACAACGCCUUCGCUGAGAUGCUUACCUUCGGAGAUCGUUUGUUUUAUGAGGAUUGGUGGACGACGUCAAGAUUUUCAAGUUACUAUCGAGCGUGGAAUCGCAUAGUGCACGCUUGGCUCAGGGACCACAUCUACCGACCGCUUGCUCCGCGGGCCGGACGAGCUGUUUCCACGCUGUUGGUGUUUUUAAUAUCGUCAGCUGCACACGAGGUGAUACUAUCACUGUCGUUCGGGUUCUUCUACCCCGUGCUCAUGGUCGAGUUCGGCGUGUUCGGGCUGCUGAUGCUGCCGCUGACUGCCAACAGCGGCCGCCGGUUCCCCAACACUUCGAAUCUUUUGAUGUGGUUGUCGUUCUUCAUUGGAAACGGUCUUCUAUGGAGUUUGUAUUCGAUGGAGUAUUUUUCAAGACAAAAUUGCCCCAUCUCCGAACACGAUAGCUUUUUCGUACCGAAGUCAUGGUCUUGUCCUGAAAUUGUGUUGAAACCCAAUUGGACGUUUCAAAAUCCAUUCGACAUCAUUUACUGAUAUUUAAUGAUAACAACCAUGAUUAUUUAAGUAGGUAUCAGCGCAGACUGAGCGAGAUACUCCUCUGGAGUCCUACUUGAACUUUGAAGACUAUUUACUCAGUAGUCAAGAAGAUAGCUAGCGAAAGGUAUAAAGAUAUACUUAUUAGAUUUACGUCAUCAUCAUCAUUAACAGCCAACUGACCAGACGUCCACAGCUGGACAUAAGCCUCUUCAUCAUCAUCAUCAUAUCAGCCGAUGGACGUCCACUGAUGGACAUAGGCCGUUUGUAGGGACUUCCAAACAUCACGAUACUGAGCCACCUGCAUCCAGCAAAUUCCUGCGACUUGCUUGAUGUCGUCAGUCCACCUGGUGGGGAGUCGACCAACACUGCGCUUACCAGUGCGUUGUCGCCCUAACUAACAGAUACUCCUAACAUAGCUCGUUCCAUCGCCCGCUGUGUGACUCUGAGCUUUCUUAUGAGGCCCAUAGAUAGCGACCAAGUCUCGGAACCAUGGGUCAUCACUGGCAACACCACUGUUCGAGGACUUUUGUCUUCAGGCACUGAGGAAUAUCGGAUAUAAGCCUCAUAAGCCUCAUGUCCUCGGUCCACCAACAUCCAUCGGUUCUUCGCAGCAACCAGCAUCGCGAUUCGCUAAUCUACGUCAGUGACUUUGGUUCUUCUGCGGAUCUCCGUAUUUCUGAUUCGAUCUCGCAGAGAUCUGCGCUCCAUCACCCGCAGAGUGACUUUAAGCCUUCCGCAACUUGAAAUAUUUUUCCUAUAACGUGUGCUAAAUCCAAAUUGCCUUGUUAGAUAGGUACUUAUUUCUUUAGUAUGUAGGUACUAAGUACCCGUUCUAUUUAUUACCCGUGCUAAUGACGUACAGUUUUCAUUUUAACUGAACAGUCGAACUGUUCAGACAAAUCGUACGUACCUACGUAGUGUCCGUCAGUUUUAACUGACUGUCAUAUUUAAUGAUUUUCAUUGAAAUUUAUAUUAGAUAUAACUGUACAGUCAAAACCGCACGUAUGUAGCACGGGUUAAUGUAUAUUUGUAUAAUCAAACCAAAUUGUUUAAUGAUCAAAGGGAAAAAUAAUAUUAUUUAUAUUUUGCCUUCUCGCAAAUUUUUCGCUCGGUCUGCGCUUAGGUACCUUGAUUAUAAAUAGCAAAAUGUACCUACCUAUGACUAAAUGUGAUGGCUAAGUGAAGAAUUGUUUUCUCCUUUUGAAUCUAACAUUGAAUUUAAAGAUUAGUUAGUCACAGAUGUGUUACAUACCUUACCUAUUGGUACGAGUAAGUUAACGUUUCCAUAUAAUAUAUUAGAUAGUUAUCUAAUCAUAAUUUAAUAGACAGAUACAGAUACUAAAUAGUAAAUACCGUCAUUAUAUUUUUUCAUACAAAAAUGUCUUUAUCCUGUUGCUAAGUAGUUACUUCCGUAUCCGUAGUAAUGACGAUGCUGAAGUCAGUUAGUAACGCGCUAAUGACUAAGCUCCAAUCGACUAAUUAACUCAUACCCCUGACUGGUUUGUCCGGCGGGUAGAUAUCUACGAGUACAAACGAAGCCAGAAGCCAAAGGUAAAACAAACAAUGAGAAGGCAACCGACAAACUCCACUAAUCUUAUUGUCAGCCUGAACCAAUAAAACGUUAUUUUUUCUGGUAGGUAUCAUGACGUUAACUUUUAACGAAAUUAUGUACAAUAUCCAUUUAAGGAAAUAAACAUUAUGGAAUGAAAUUGAUGACUACUAUAGAUCUUUAAUUUUUUGUCAAUUCGCCUACAAUAUUCGAUUACCUAUAAUAGUUCAUAAAAUUAUCAUAAAGUAGGUAUAAUUUGAUUGAUUGAUUUAGAUUACCUAUUAUAUUAUUUACUACAAAUAUAAUGUAAUCAUUUUAUUUAUACUUUUAAUAAAAAAACUGUUUCAAA